UUUUCACUCGACUGGAGCAUUUCGUCUCAAGGUUCCGCCACAUGUGCUACAGUAACCACUGAUUCGCCACAAUGGCAGCUUCGUUGCGCACAGCACAGAGAACUCACACGUGUGGUGAGUUGCGUGCAGCUGAUGUCGGGCUCCAGGUCACGCUGUCAGGAUGGGUGCAGCAGUCCCGCGAUAUGAAUCACUUCAGCUUUGUCGACAUCCGGGACCGAUUUGGUAUCACCCAGGUCAUCUUCCCUAAAGAUGAUGCGGACGAAGCUGGCCUCGCUAGAUACGAGGCAUCGAAGAAGCUUGGACGUGAGUUCGUCAUCAAGAUCAGUGGAAAAGUUGUUGAGCGAAGCAACAAGAACAAGAACCGCGACACUGGCGAUAUCGAGGUGGUCGCCGACAGCCUCGAAGUUUUGAAUUCGAGCUCAACGCCGCCUUUUAAGAUCGAGGAUGUCACCGAUGCUCAGGAAGACACGCGAAUGCGCUUUCGGUACCUCGACAUCAGGCGUAAUCCGAUCAAGGACGCGCUGCUCUUGCGCAAUAAGGUGACUCGCCUGGUGCGCAACUACUUGGGCGAUGCGGAGUUCUGCGAGGUGGAGACACCAGUUCUCAUUAAGUCCACACCAGAAGGUGCGCGCGACUUUGUCGUGCCUUCCCGCAUGAACCCAGGCCAGUUCUACGCGUUGCCGCAGUCUCCGCAAACCUUCAAGCAAUUGCUCAUGGUCGGUGGCCUAGAUCGCUACUUCCAGAUUGUGAAGUGCUUCAGAGAUGAGGAGCUUCGAGCUGAUCGACAACCUGAGUUCACGCAGAUCGAUUGUGAGAUGUCAUUCGUCUCUCAGGAUGACGUCUUGAGCAUGUUCGAAGGUUUGGUCCGCCACAUUUUCAAGGAAGUCGUGGGUCAUGAGUUCCCGCCUUUCGAGCGCAUGGAAUACAGUGAAGCCAUGGACCGCUUCGGCAUUGACAAGCCUGACAGGAGGUACGACAUGGAGUUGGUUGACAUCACCGACUGCGCAAAGGGGUUCAACUUCAAACUCUUCGACGAUGCGGAGUACGUAGUCGGUAUGACCCUCAAGGGCGUGGGUGAAUGGCCCACUAAGAAAGUCAAGGAACUUGAGAAGAAAGCGACCGGCCAGGAAUGCGGAUGUAGCGCCCUCGUCUGGAUGAAAAUCAACAAGGAUGGUUCCUUCGAUUGCUCGGCAAAGAAGUUUUUCACGGACGACCAGUACAAAGUGUGGAUGGCCAAAGCGGCGGAGAAGCCAGGUGGAUGUGGGGCCGGCGAUCUUUUCUGUAUGUUUUCGGGGCCAAAGCUCAAGACACAAGAAGCCGUGGGCAAAUUCCGCCACGUCAUGGGCACCGAGCUUGGCCUGCGCAAGGAGGGCUAUCGUGCUCUUUGGGUGGUCAAUUUCCCCAUGCUGGAAUGGGAUGAGGAUGAUGAGCGUUUUGUUGCAAAACAUCAUCCUUUCACUUCGCCAUGGACCGACGACAUUGAAACGAUGACAAGGCUCGACAAGAAGGACCCCAAGCUUGGUGACAUCCGUGCCAAUGCGUAUGACAUGGUGAUCAAUGGGGUUGAAGUAGGUGGCGGUUCGGUGCGAAUUUUCAAUCGCCCUCUUCAGGAAAAGGUUUUCGAAGUUCUUGGAUUCUCUAAGGAGGAUGCGCAGGCUCAGUUUGGCUUUCUCAUGGGGGCCUUUGAGUAUGGCGCGCCACCCCAUGCUGGACUUGCUUUUGGUCUUGACAGGUUAUGCACAAUCCUUGGUGGCAAGACGUCGAUCCGUGAUUUCAUCGCCUUCCCAAAGAACAACAUGGGGCGUGACACCAUGAUCGAGUCCCCCUCGGAGAUCACAGAUAAGCAGCUCGCGGAGCUUUCUAUCGCCACAAAGGUUGCACCUGCAGCAGAGAAGGGUGCAGCUGCUGGCGGCUACCCAGCAGCCGCUUGAGGGCUAGCCUGGACGUUCGGCUUUCGCGAAGCGUCAGCCGAUACUCUUCAGGAGAGAACAGAGACUCGAACCCAAGAGGCGAGCUUGUGAGUGCUAGCAUGUUGAACCAUCCAGUUUUGAAGUAUCGAAACUCAGUGUGGAGCAUCAUAUCUGUAUGCCAUGAGGUCUUUUUUCGGCAUAUUGUGCGUAACAGCUGUAGAGGCUUCUCUCGCAGGCAAGUACAAUGGUAUGCGUGCCGAUUUCACGCAGGUGUAGGCCUCUCUCUGACACCUCUUGGUGAGACAGUUGCUGGAAGACCAGUGAAAGCAUAUAGAGAG